CGAAAUCGGACUUAACGUCCGAUUUAAGACGGCUGAUAUUUAAGUGAUCAUCUCAAAAACACAUUCGCUAUGGUCUGACGGUGAGAAAUGUGUUGAAUUUGUGUUAAAAACCCCGACUUAACAGAGCUUUCCUGCUAUGACUUUGACUUGGAUAGGAAACCGUGUACUCCCAGAUCCUGUGAACUGGCUUAUCUUUUUACAGCUUGGUAUUUUUGGAUCUCGUUGUUGUGCGUCUGUUUCAUGUUCAUGACCCUUCUGAUGGUGUGCGUGCUCUGCUGUUGCAAGAAUAGGAAGAAUGACACCUCCACCGUACUGGGCAGAAUCCUUCUCUCUCUGCCACCGACCCUCUUCACAACCAGGGAUCCCGACGGAAUCAUACAACCUAAUGUAAUGUUCUACACCAGACCUCCGACCAGAGACCAAGCGUCCGCUGCAAUUGUCGCACGAGCACUCCCACCAAUGACUGCAAAGGAUCGUCUGACAACUCCGAUCAUGCCUUUGAAUCCCGCGUACCAACCAUCCCAGCCAGUCACCGUCACCAGCUCGACGUCAACUACUGUCAUCAACAGUAACGAAUUGACAUUACCGCCUGGAUACGUCGUGAACAGAGAUGUGAAAUACUGUUGAAGAGAAAUUUGGUGGCGCCAUCUACAGUUUGAAAUAUGAGCUGAUUCUGGUUUCCAUUAUUUGUCAAUAUAUAUCUAGCACGUUCGUUGCCGUGAUUUACGCCUGUGAUUCAGAUAAUCUAUCUAAUUAGAAGAACCUUUUUGCUAUCACUGAACUGUAGUAGAAAUAGGGUCAUCUAAUUAAAUAGCUCGUGUGAAUUAAUUAAACAGUGGGGGCGAAUCACAGGUGAGUCACUCAGCAGCCAACGUAUUUAAGUUCUAAAUUUUGAAUGUC